CACCCUUCCCUUCUUUUCAUCGGCUCUCACGAUGAGUUCGCUCAAGGUACAGAAGCGCCUUGCGGCGUCAGUCUUAGGAUGCGGCAAGAAGAAGGUCUGGCUCGACCCCAACGAAAUUGGGGAGAUUGGCCAGGCUAACUCUCGCCAGAACAUCAGGAAGCUUGUCCGUGAUGGUCUCAUUAUCAAGAAGCCCAACAAUGUGCACUCGCGAUUCCGUGCCCGUAAGAUGAUGGAGGCACGCAGGAAGGGUCGCCAUAUGGGUUAUGGUAAGAGGAAGGGUACCAAGGAAGCCCGUAUGCCCUCCAAGGUCCUGUGGAUGAGGCGUAUCCGUAUUCUCCGACGCAUGUUGAAGAAGUACCGUGAAAAUAAGAAGAUUGACAAGCACCUGUACCACGAGCUGUACUUGAAGGUUAAGGGUAAUGCAUUCAAGAACAAGCGUGUCCUUAUGGAGUACAUCCACAAGAAGAAGGCCGACAAUGCCCGUGCCAAGAUGCUCAGCGACCAGGCCGAGGCCCGCAGGACCCGUGCCAAGGAAGCUCGCAAGCGCAGGGAAGAGCGUCUGGAACAGAGAAGGGCUGAAGCUCUUAAGAUUAAGGAUGAGGCCUAAUUGUGUACUUGCGGAGAAAAAAAUAAUAAAAAAAAAGCCAACAAAA